AUGGACAUGGAUACUGUCUUCAAAAAGUUGAAGAAGUCUGGCAUGUCCGCUCAGCUGUGGGAUGCAAAUUCCGCUGCAGUAAGCAAGCACCAAAAGCUCCAGCUUGGUGGUAAUGACAUGGGCGAUCAGCUGAAGGAUGCUAGUGGCAAGGGUCUGCCCCAGGGUGAAGCCAGCAGCAGUGGUGGCUGUGCUGCCAGAAGCGGUGGUGGCACGAAUGAUGCAACAAUGGUGCUACCUCAGCUGACACCGACACCGGAGCAGCAUCUUCCAAAUAUACAACAACAGAUUGAGCAGAGGCUGCAGACGCUGAAGGGGAAGAAGCUUCCUCCUCAUCUCAUGGGCAUGCCUCCAGCCAUCAAUAGGGGUGUGCUAUACCAUGAUGCUGGAGGCAGCCAAGUCAAGAACGGUGGCAUUGGGCAGCCGCCACACAACAGUGCCCUGGGCAGCCUGAACAACCGUUGCCAAGCUAAGAAAGACAGUAGUGUUGGUGUAGGCAGCCAGAUGACGGGUGGCAGUAUGGCGCCACAGAAGGGGGGAAUGAUGAGGCCCACUAAUAACAUGAUAGGCCCCGCCAGCUUCCCCAAUAUGGACCAGAUGGGCGGCAUGUCGAUGGGUCCCUACACUCACAUGGGUGGCUACAACGUGCAGCCAUCAUAUGGUGGCGGUGCUGUACAUGGGCUUGGUAUGCCUGCCAACAGCUUGCCUGGGGACGGGUACUAUCCUAGCGGUGCUGGCAGCAGCGGAUCGGAGAUGAUGCAGCAGGUAGCCAGGAACCCAAUGCUGCAACAACCAAGCAUAAUGGUGCAGCCUCAACAGGAGCACGAGAUGAUGAUGAACGCCCAUUCCCCUGACAGCCAAAAUGCCCACUAUGGGCCUGGUUGCACCGGGUACCAGCUGAUGGGGUACGACAAUGGGCAUGGGCACAAGCAGCAGCAAUACCCACCACCGAUGUACUACCCGAUGCCACUGCCGCCCAAACAUGACAACGUUUUCAGUGAUGAGAACCCUAACAUCUGCUCAUUGAUGUAA